CCUAUUGUUCCCUCAUCCCACAGGGCUGUAUGGAUGUGUAGAAUGUAACAUUGCCCUGCCUAUCAUAUUCUAGCUGAGUCUAGAUUGGCUUGGGCCUUGCAACAUCAUUAUGGUUGUUCUACCAGUCUUUCUCCUGGCUGCUGCGUGUUUGGCCCAUGCUACACAGACCAUCAACUCACGCCUGUGCUACUUUCCCAACGGGGAGCAGGCGGUAAACGACACGGCUUGCACUAGCGACUCGGUAUCAGUGUGUUGCCAGGAUGGAUCGACCUGUCUCGGCAAUGGCCUUUGUUUCAAUGCCCUGGCGAGUGCUGUAGGAGGCUUCAUCCGUGGCUCUUGUACCGACAAAUCCCGGAAGUCAUCUGGUUGCCCACAGUACUGCACUUAUGAUAACAAAACGGCUGGGCUGUGGAAUUCACUUUCUGACGCUGGUGUUUUGAACUGUGGCAAUGGUGGCUACUGUUGUGAAAGCGACCCCAUCGAGAGCUGCAAUUGUCAAAAUCGAAAUGGUGUCUUCUCGCUCUCCGGUGACUUGAAGCCCAUCAAGACGAUUGCAUCUGAUGCAUUGACUCCGCUGCCUAGCUCACCAGCAAGCCACGCAUCCUCACCACCCUCUACAUCAUCUACGGGCUCUGCAUCGAGUACAGCUACGCCUUCAGGCUCUUCAUCCAGCAUUGCUACAGCCUCAAAAUCUGUACCUUCAUCCUCAUCGACACAUGUCGCUAUACCCACAUCAGAUAUCCCAGCUCCAAACACCAACACCAAUGACUCUACCAAGUAUAUCGCUUUAGGCGUUGGACUUGGACUGGGAAUCCCGUUGGUAGCUGGUGUUAUAGGACUCGCGGCGUUUAUGCUUGGCCGAGGCCGACAAAAAGCAAAAGAGCAAAAGGACAAUGGGUACUAUCGUCCUCCUUCGCCGCGUAUGUCGGCACCCGCGCCGCCUUAUGAGUAUAAGGCACCAGCGCCACCGGCAGAACUUACACCAACCACUACAAUGCUCGCUCUGUGUAUGAGGCCCCAGGUUAAACUUAUUUUCAUUCAUGCAUUACUAGAUUAGCAUUAAAACAAAUUCUGAC